GGAGGUUUCUGCAGGGAAGGUGGCUGUCUGACCUGCUUUGUAAGGAUAAUCCUUCAGUCUCAUUUGCUGAAAAUAGACCCUUGUGGUGUGAAUUUCCCAGGAAUCUGGUGAAUCAGUCCAAGGAGACACAGAGAUAAAGACAGAGGCAGACACAGACACAGAGCAUCUUGCUACUUUCUAGCUGAUUGGCAGAGAAAAGAGCGCUUGUGUGCAGUGCUGGGCUCAGAGCGGCCUGCUCACAGCACUGCUGCCUGGAAGGACCACCCUGUGUUCUGAAAGCCCAGACCUGGUUUGGUCGUGAGACUCUAAGCUCAGUUCCGCCCACCGUGGAUCAGCACAGCCCCAUGCCUGGUCCCCGGUGUCCAAGAGCACCCCAAGGGGGAAGCUGCAAUGGCAUCACCACCACCAGGAGCUUGGAGAAGCCAGGUGUCUGCAGCAUCUCUGUCCCUUAAGCAAGCUGAGCUCAACCUCCACAGUCCCGUGGUUGUGACCCAGGACCCCAAGACCACUGGGAAGCAUCUCCUCCUCUUCCGGAACUGGCUGGUCCCCACAAAGAAGAGACAGAAUCAGAGCCCCCCAGGAGUGAGACUCAGCCCUGGACAGACAGCCCUAACUCCAAUGAAGCUGAUAAGCAGUUUCGAUGCUUCCAAAACACUAAAUGCCAAUAAUAUGGAGACUUUGGUCAAAUGUCAGUCAGAGGGUGACAUCAAGGAACACCCCCUCUUGGCAUCGUGUGAGAGUAAAGACAGUAUCUGCCAACUAAUUGAAGUUAAGAAAAGAAAGACGGGGCGGCCCUGGCCCUUUCUCCCGAGGAAGGUUUCCUCAGAUUUCUCUGGGGCGUUGGAGCCCGAGCUGAGAGCGCCGCUGUUUGACCAGCCUCUGUCCAUGAUCUGCAGUGAGAACGGCUCGCUCCCCAGGCCCAUUCAGGACAUCCUCGCUAUCCUCUGCCUUAAAGGUCCCUCAACCGAAGGCAUAUUCAGAAAAGCAGCCAGCGAGAAAGCCCGCAAAGAGCUGAAGGAGGAGCUUAACUGCGGGGGCGCAGUGGACCUGGAGGGGCUCCCCGUGCACCUGCUGGCCGUGGUCCUGAAGGACUUCCUCCGGAGCAUCCCCCUCAAGCUACUCUCCAGCGACCUGUUUGAGGAGUGGAUGGGCGCCCUGGAGAAGCAGGAUGAAGAGGACAGAAUUGAGGCCCUGAAGCAGGUUGUAGGGCAGCUCCCCCAGCCCAACCUCCUGCUGCUCAAACACUUGGUCUCCGUAUUGCAUCUGAUUAGCAAGAACUCCGAGGUCAACAAGAUGGACUCCAGCAACCUGGCCAUCUGUAUUGGCCCCAACAUGCUCACCCUAGAGAAUGACCAGAACUUGUCAUUUGAGGCACAGAAAGACUUGAACAAUAAGGUGAAGACAUUGGUGGAAUUUCUCAUUGACAACUGCUUUGAAAUAUUUGGGGAGAAUAUUCCAGCUCAUCCCAGCACCCGCAUUGCUUCUGAUGAGUCCCUGGAGCACACGGACAGUUCAGACAUGUCAACCCUGCAGAAUGACUCAGCCUAUGACAGCAAUGAUCCAGAUGUUGAACCCACCAGUGCCCACAACUCCCCCAGCGUGCAAUCCCAGGUACCCACUGCCAUGGCUGCUGGUUUGGACAACAAAGGGAGACAGUUCAUCUGUGAGUUAAGCCGGGAACCCAUUGUCAGCACGGUAGCCAGGCUGAAAAGCUCCCUCAGCCAGCGGGCAGACAGAAGAUUCUCAGAACCCAGCAGGCCACCCUCACAGGAGUGUCUCCAGGCCUGGAUGACUAACCAAAAACUGGCAAAAAGCGAGGACAACUUUACCCUCGCCCGGGCAGGCUCUUGUUUUGAAAGAGAGGAAGUUGAAGAUCCGUUUCCAGAGGAGGUGUUCUCUGCAGUAGAAGGCAAAACCAAGAGACCAGGAGACCUAAGGAUCCAGAACCUGACCCAGGAUUUGGUAUUGCCACAAGAACUGGUACCCAAAGCCCUUUCCAGUGGCUCCCUCGAUGGGUCAUCUGACUGCUCACCAGCAAGUUCUCCUUCCUGUCCCAAAAGAAGUAUCUUCACCAGACAUCAAUCUUUCACUGCAAAGACUGACAAAAGCAAGCCCAACAGAGAAAUUAAAAAGCAUUCCAUGUCAUUCUCAUUUGCCUCUCACAAAAAAGUACUGCCCAAAGCACCCAGCUUUGGAUCUAGGAAAUCAAAGGACCUUACCAGAGACCAGGUCAAAAAGAGCCUAAGGAAAGAAAGCCAGUUGUCUGGUCGAAUUGUCCAGGAAAAUGACUCUGACCUUCACAGCCAGACAGCUCUAGGCUUUGGCUUGCCACCCGGGGCCCUUUCAGGUGACGAUGUGUUUCAGCAAGUUGAUAGCACAAGUCCUGGAAGCCCACCGUCGUAUGAGGAGGCCAUUCAGCACCAGGCAUGGGGACUCGGGCCCUAUGGUGGCCAGACCGUUGGAAGUAUGAGGGCAAGAAUGCUCAGCCAGGACCCCACACAGUCAUCUCUUCCAUUUUCUUACCAUGGAGGGGACUCAAGGAGCAGUGACAGUGUGGAGACACAUAGUGGACACAGAGGGCCAGCCAUGGCUGAGUACUGGAGGCAGAGCAGGACUGUCAAUGUGUCUGGGGAAACUGGAGGGCAUGUGACUGCCCCAAGGAAACCUGAACUUCGACUGAGGACCAUGUCAGAGUCUGUUCAGAAGGAUAAGCGGGACUGUCUCAGGAGACGAUGUAGCCAGCCAAUCUUUGAGGUUGACCAACUUCAGUAUGUUAAAGAAUCCUAUAUUUAGGAAGGAAUGCCAUACACCAUGACCAACUGUGGUGUCAUGAUGUGUCUCUGUAUAUAUGUGACUGUAUAAAGGCCUAUGUGUAGAUAUAUUUUCAAAACAAGUCAUGAAUAAGCUACUUUAGAACAUUAUGCAGAGUCUUACUCUGUAAGGAUAGUUAUGUGGUGUGCAUCAGAUGGUGUCUAUGCAUACUUAGAUUUGUGCAAUACAUAGCAAAUGUAAAAAGUGUAUUAUACACGAGAUAUUAGGUGCAAAGGUGUCUACAUGAAUUCUCACAUGGUUUUGUUUGUGUACUUGUGUAUUUGUGUACUUGUGGUACAUUGCCAUUCUUUGGUCCCCGGGGCAUUUGUCACAUUGGUUGGUGUUUUAAUAUCAUCUUUGCUUUUCUUAAUGUUACUUUAAAUGUUAUAUCAAUUUUCACAUUUUCUACAAAUUGCAUUUAAGGAAAACUGUUUAAUUUUCUCGUCUUAGUUUAUCCUACUAAACAAGCGUGAGAUAACUGUAUACUGUAGAAAAAAAGAAAUAGACUGCAAGAAAUAGAGUUCAAUGUUUGGAAUUGUCAAUGGCAUUAGAAGAAAAAACAUUAACAAAAUUAUGGAAAAUAUGUGUGUCAUUUCAAACAUCUAGUUAAAUUGGGAAACGUAUUACAUCAAUACAAUUUAAUCAAUGAUUAAAUAAUUCAUUGGAUAAAUGAAUUUAGUGCACUUUGAGUUUCUGUGUAGUUCAAUGGCAUUUAUGUUAUAGAAUGAAGGUAAAUGAUUUAUGUACAUUGGGGGUCAUACAUAAAACUUCAAUGUAAUUUCACUACAAUAAAUUGCCUUCUUUAUUUAAAAGUAAAA